CAUGUUUGGAACAUAGGAAUUUCCUAGGAUGAUUUUGUUGGAAACAGUAGAAUUCCUGUGGGAUCUUCCAGUUCUUCAGAUGGGGCUUGAAGCGUACUCCUGUUGAAGCAAAGGCUUAGUCGGUUGGAGACUUUGGAGAUUUUUCCUUUGCACCAUACAGAAGGUUGGGCUACACACACUUGUUGCAAGAUUACGCUUUCGACUGGCAGUGGCGUAUUCUGUUGAGUCGCUGGGGCUAAAGACGCCGGCGGUACGCCUUCUCACCGAGACGGUACGCCGGCGGGUGCGCCCCCCACGACCUCGCGAGGCUCCCCCAGUUUCCCUCCUCGUCUCUGCGAUGGCAGUCUCGCCGUGGAGGUGCAUAUGCGGGCCUCAGCACUCCCUCAGCAAGAACCGAGGCGCGCCCGCGCCUCCUCCUCCUGGCGGGAGAUCCAAAUACUCGGGACAACCUGUGAGAGUAAUGCCUAUGCGCUUGUUAACGGUCGGCAAGAAGAGGUCUCAAGGAACUCAGCUUCUUGUUGAAGAAUACAAGGAGAAGCUCGGUUACUACUGCGAUUUUGAGGACACACUCAUCAGGUCCAACCCAAAACUUACGAGUGAUGUUAAGGUUCAAGUUGAAGCAGAAGACACAGCUGUGAUGCAGCAACUCAAACCUGAAGAUUUUGUUGUUGUGUUAGAUGAAAACGGGAAGGAUGUCAUAUCUGAGCAGAUAGCUGAUUUGAUUGGAGAUGCUGGCAACACAGGAUCAUCAAGGCUCACAUUUUGUAUUGGUGGCCCAUAUGGUCUUGGGGUACGAGUGCGAGAUCGUGCAGAUGCAACAAUUAAGCUGUCUUCACUAGUUUUGAACCACCAAGUUGCUUUAAUAGUUCUAAUGGAGCAGCUCUACAGGGCGUGGACUAUAAUAAAAGGACAGAAGUAUCACCAUUAAGCUUAUGUUGUAUCGGUAUCAUCCACUGCUGUUUGAACAGAUUAAGGCUUGGAAAAUGAAGACUGUAAAUGCAUAAAUUUGCAGGUAUAGUGGGCAUGGACUAUACUAUAAGGACGGAAGUAUUACCAUUAGGCUUAUGUUGUAUCGGUAUCAUCCACUGCUGUUUGAACAGAUUAAGGCUUGGAAAAUGAACUGUAAAUGCAUAAAUUUGCAGGUCUAGUGCUCAAGAUCUCAUAAUUGUAUUUUCAUUCACACAGAA